CCAAGUUUUUUCCACAUCGCCUUCUUCGCAUUGUUUGCAAGUGUGACAGUCAACAUCUUCUUUGUUUGUUAUCAUGAUAGCAGUAGUACUCGAGUCGCCACGCACUUGCUGAACUGUUUCGGAUACCUUUGGAUCGGUUGGUUUAUUGAAGGAUUUCAAACAAUGGUACUGGCUCACACUUAUUCAACUUGGUAUUGGACGCUAGACAAGACGAAACUUCCAUUCUUUACAUUAACUGCAGCUAUUCGGAGCACAACUCGCUAUCAUCUAGGCUCAAUUGCUGUCGGUUCGAUGAUACUCGCAAUUGGCCAGGUAUUUUGCAAAUUCAUCAAAACAUUAGUGGACAAUCCUUGCAAUCUUUGCUGCCGUAUCAACGGAAUCGCUCAACGACUGUUGCGAUUUUUUAAUAACAAUUCAUUUAUCAUGGUGGCGAUUCAUGGCGAUCCAUUCUGUAAAAGUAUGCGUGACGCAUUCAAUUUAUUGAUGCGCAGCGACGUUUUCAUAACGAGCCGAAUCACCAAAUUACUAUUUACCAUUUUUAAUCUGUUCGUCGCUGUUGGAACGGGUGUACUAACCUAUAUGUUACUGCCGGAGCACGGCUCCAAUCAACUGAAUGAUGAUUCUAUUAUGUAUUAUGUUACAAUUGCGAUAUCUGUGUAUGGUUCGUUUAUUGUUGGAAGUAGGUUCUCUGGUGUAUACAUAACGGCAGUGGACACUCUGUUCUUGUGUUACAUGGAAGACUGUGAGCGCAAUGAGGGAACUGAAGAAAAGCCACACUAUAUGUCGCCAGAACUGAUGAGAUUACUUCACAAAAAUGCUGAAAUUGUUCCUCCUCCAGAACAAGUGUAACUCUGAGAAAAUCCGGGAAAAGAAAUCCACCCUACAAGUAUGCAUGCUUAAAUUCUAUAAAUUUCUAACAUUUACAUAUAUGGGCUCGCUACCUCUCGAUAACAAUUUUGGCAAGAGGUACAUAAUCUCAUAUUAUUGUUUUAAUUUGAUACGUCGUCGAAUGAUAUGCUACGCUUUAUACGGCUUUCCUCUGAUGUCGAUCGUGUUACGAUAAUCAGUGUGGCAAAAACCGUGUAAUUGGAAAC